AUGAUAAUACUUACAAAUUUAUUAAUCCUCUUAGCAACUUUACAAAGCGCAGUGACCCUCAGAACUUAUACCAAAGAUGAUUUAAAUAAAUUAAGAGACGAAGUAAAAGAAAUGUUUUAUCACGCCUACGAUAGCUACUUAAAAUUCGCCUAUCCCUACGACGAAUUGCGCCCCAUCAGCUGCGAUGGGGUAGACACUUACGGGAGUUAUUCCCUAACUCUAAUAGACGCCCUGGACACUCUAGCAAUAAUGGGCAACUACUCCGAAUUCCAAAGAGUCGUCGAUAUUUUAUCCAAAAAACACGACUUCGAUGCAAACAUAAACGUAUCCGUGUUCGAGACUAACAUUCGAAUUAUCGGAGGACUUUUAAGCGCUCAUCUAUUAUCUCACAGAGCUCAGGCGAGGUUAGAACCGGGCUGGCCUUGUAACGGGCCCCUCUUACGUCUAGCCGAAGACGUCGCGAAGAGACUCAUAGUGGCAUUCGACACCAAAACCGGCAUGCCUUAUGGAACAGUAAAUUUACGCAGCGGCGUCCCCAAAGGCGAAACCACCGUCACUUGCACCGCUGGCAUCGGAACCUUCAUCAUCGAAUUCGGUACAUUGAGUCGAUUAACCGGAGACCCUAUAUACGAAGAGGUUGCUUUAAACGCGCUCUACUCGCUGUACAACCACAAAUCCCAACUGGGCCUGUUCGGCAACCACAUCGACACCGAAACAGGCAGAUGGACAGCGCAAGACGCCGGCAUCGGGUCCGGAGUGGACUCCUACUUCGAGUACCUAGUCAAAGGUUCGAUACUCCUCCAACGGCCGGAACUAAUGGAGAUGUUCUACCAGGCCAAAAAGUCCAUCGACAAGCACUUGAAGAAGGACGAUUGGUACAUGUGGGUGUCGAUGACCAAAGGGCAGGUCACGCUGCCGGUGUUCCAAUCGCUGGAGGCCUUCUGGCCGGGCCUGUUGAGCCUGAUCGGCGAAACGAACAGCGCGAUGCGCACGCUGCACAACUACCAUCAGGUGUGGCAACAGUACGGCUUCACUCCGGAGUUCUACUACAUACCCCAAACCGAGUCGGGCAGCAACAAGGAGAGCUACCCGUUGAGGCCCGAAUUGAUCGAGUCCAUAAUGUACUUGUACAGAUCGACGGGCGAUCCGUUUCUACUCCAAGCCGGCGAAGAUAUCCUCAGGAGCAUCCAGCACAGCGCUAAAACGCCUUGCGGUUACGCCACGAUAAAAGACGUUAGAGACCACAAAAAGGAGGAUCGAAUGGAGUCGUUUUUCCUAUCCGAAACCACCAAAUACCUCUACUUGCUGUUCGAUACCGAUAACUUCAUCCACAAUCAAGGCGCCGAAGGCACCGUAAUAAACUCGCCCAACGGUGAAUGCAUUAUAGACGCCGGUGGUUAUAUUUUCAACACCGAAGCCCACCCGAUCGAUCCAGCCGCUUUACACUGUUGCCACACCUCGGCCAACGAAGACCUCUUCGAUUUCGAUCAAUUAGAAAAAAACAAAGCCCUGUUCAAAGGGGAGACGGUUAGAGAACGGAAGAGCCAAUCGUUGCCGUUCGAUAGCGAACAAAUUCCGGACGUUUCCGACGAGGAAAUCCAAAUCACCACCGAAUCGACGACCGGCUACGUUAAACUAGAAGACAACGAUAACGUCAGUCAGAAGAUCACGAACGCCGGGGACGAGUACCAGGAGAGCGUCGCGACGGAGAACGCCGACAGGGCGUCGUUUGCGAAGAUAAUAGAUCAGGUGAUAUCGAAGGAGAGCCGGAAGUUCGAUCCGCAGGACAUGCUCGAGCGGUUCAGGAGCGAGAACAAGUAUCCGAGGAACGCGAGCUGGGAGAGCAACUACAAGUUGUUGUCGUGUAAGGGACAGCCUUUCUUACAAAGAAUGUCUAUCAUGGGUGAAUUUUUUAAUAAAUAA